UGGACGUCGGCGUCGUCGACUCGGCCGAGGAGAGUACCGCGGUGCCGUCAUGCACGUGCGUGAGUGCGCGGCAGUGCAGUGUGACGCGAGUGUGACGAGCGCGUGACAAGUGUGUGCGUGAGUGACACUUAGUGAACUGCCCGGACCACAAUGGCGGAUACCACCUGCAGGAUGAAGAUGACGUGGGCGCUGCUCUGCUUACUAGUAAGCUGCGCUCUGGCGGCAACCGCCGAAGACAGUUCUCCUGCACCCCCUGCCGAAGCCUCCACCAACGCGAUCUCGCCCCUGGCCUUCGAAACGGUCACCACCCAGGCACCCGUGAAGGGGCCGAAGGCAACUCAGGACCAGGACGACGACGACGAGGAGGACGAUGUCGGCGACGAUGGUGACGACGACGACGACGAUGACGAGGAUGACGACGAAGAGGCACCAGCUGAGGCGAAAGGAUCUCUCAAGUCGAACGCCACCGUCGAUGCGAAACCGGAAGCGGCCGUCAAGGCCCUCAAGGACGACGCCAAUGAGAAGGACUCCAACGCGACGGUGCGGAGGCACGUCGAGCACGAGGCAUCCACGUCCAAGUCCGUCAAGAUCACCGUGAGCAAGGUGACAGGCUCCGGGAACGAGACGCGUGAGGCGCUGGAGGCGGAGGUGGUGGUGCCUGCGCCCGUCCUGGAGGGCGUCCCAGAGGGCAGCACAACGCGCGCGGACUCCGCCGCCACCACCGACAAGAACAAGCUGGCAGAGGACACCCUGCACGCCCCCGGGGUGGAGGUGAUGCAGGGCCCCCGGGUGCGGCGCCGGCCGUCGUCCGCCUCGACCAAGGACAAGGACGCGCGCAGGGUGGUGCGGCAGGGCGACGGCUCGCUGCGGUCCAGGGAGGCGCUGGCGGCGAGGAACGCGCGCAGCCGGAAGGCGGCGGGCCGCGCUGCCAGGCAGGAGGUCCCCGUCGACGUGCCGCUGGACGCGGAGCAGAGCGGGCCCCCGGUGUUUGAGCUGCCGCCCGAGCCCAAGCCCACCAAGAAGAAGAAGUCCAGCCAGCGACGCAGGAAGUCGCGCAAGGGCACGAGGAAGCCGACGGCGACCCCCGCGGAGUCCUUGACGGACACGCCCUCCCCGGCGGAGGCCUGGAGCCGCGACGCUGCGGCAUCCCUCGCGGAGCCGACGCGUGCCAUCCCCGCCAAGGCCAAGCGCCGCCCGGCCCUGGCCAGCGUGCCCGCCCUGCCCGAGGUGCGCGUGACGCGGCAGGAGGACGAGGCCGAGGCCUCCAUGGAGGCGCUGCAGACCGCCACGGACGAGGUCCGCGUGUCGCGGCAGGGCCGAGGCCGGCACAGCGUCAACGUGCAGGUGCCGUCCGUGGACUUCCAGCAGGUGGACGUGAACCCCGACGGCUCCUACCGCUUCGCCUACAACACCAACGACGAGGGCGAGCACUUCCGCAUCGAGCAGGCCAACAGCGACAACCUGGUCGCCGGCAGGUACGGGUACCGGGACGCGGAUGGCCGCCCCGUGCAGACGGUGUACACGGCCGGACCCAGGGGCUUCAGGGCCCGCGGCACGGACAUCGCCAGGAAGAUGGACUUGUCGCAGUCCGGGGGCCGCGCGCCCAGACCGCCGCCAGACGGCCGCUACAGCCCCGAGUACGACAACUACUUCGACCCCCUGGAGGACCCUAGCUACUCGUUCGCGUUCAGGACGCCGACGUACGCGCGCAAGGAGGACGCGGACGGGCGCGGCGACGUGACUGGCGUGUACAGCUACAUCGACGACGUGGGCGAGCGCCACGUGGUGCAGUAUGAGGCCGGCGCCGAGAAGGGCUUCAACGUGCUGACGGCCUUCCCGGACAACGUGCCGGCCCCCGGCUACCACCUGGGCCCCGGCAACCCCCCGCGCGGACGCACCAGCAUCAUGCAGAACCGCGACGGCUCGUACAGGUUCGUGGCCGCGGGGCCUGACUCGCGCCGCGAGGAGGUGAGCGACCAGGUGAACAACCGGCGCGGCUCGUACUCGUACAUCGACGACAAGGGCGUGCAGCAGACGGUGGAGUACAUCGCGGGCCCGGGUAUCGGGUACCGCAUCGUCAACAACCACAAGGGCGUGGUCAUACCCCCCAACUACGCCACCUCCUACCCGCCCUUCUCCUCGUCGCCCUUCCCCGUGUCGCCCACCUCGCCGUCCUUCCCCUCGUCGCCCUUCCCCUCCCCCUUCCCCACCCCGUUCCCCUCGCCCUUCCCCACCACGUUCCCGUCGUCGUCCUACGCGCCGCCCUUCUCCUCGGUGUCGCCGUCGGUGUUCCCCGUCACGGGGCGGCCCAUCGGUGGCGGCUCCGGCGGCUCGGGCAAUGGUUCCGGUGGCGGCUCGAGGCCCUGCAAGCCGGCGGUGUGCGGGUACGGCGGGUCCUCGACGACCGGCCGCCCCAACAACCAGUACAUCCCGCCGCGGCCACUGCCGACCGGCCUGCCCUACGUCCCUCCGCUGUCCUUCGGCGACGUGGAUGACCCCCUCUCCGAGCUGUUCCCCGGGGAGACGGGGACGCCGCUUCGGCCGGGCUCAGGCUCAGGCACGAACUACGGCGGAGGCAGCUCAGGAGGCCGCCCUGGAUCGGUGCGGCCGGUGAAGAAGCCGAAGCCCUCCGUGUCCAUCGACCCUGCAGACCCCGACGACGAAGUGUUCUCCGGGCGGCCGUCGUCCGGGUCGUACCCGACGACCACCUCGGGCUCGUCCGGCGACGACGACAACGCGAUCGACGGCCUGUUCGGCGGCAACGGUGGCGACGGCGGCGACGUCAGCAGCACCCCGCGGCCCACGCAGCGGCCUCGGCCCACUGCGGGCUCCACCACGGGCACAACGGCUGGCUCUACCACGGGCUCUACCGCCGGUACAUACCGCCCGCCGUCCACGUCACCAAACUCCGGAGACGACUUCUUGGACCCGUUCGCCACCACGGGACCUUCCGCGUCCCCUUCGCCCACCGCGCCGUCGUCCACCCCCCGGCCAAACAAGCGCCCUCGGCCGCGACCCCGGCCCCGACCCACAACGCCGCGCCCCACGCCGUCCGAGGACGACUUCGACUCGCUGUUCAACCCCACGCCGAUAUACGCCAACCCGUCGGAAGGGCCGGUCUCCAGCACCAGCUCCGGCUACGACUACAACCGGCCCAAGAAGCCGUUCGUGCGGCCGGGCGGCAGCGGCGCGAGCGGCGUCAUCUACCCCACCACCAUCCGGCCCGGCCGCCUGCCCAGCAAGCCGGGCGUGGCGGUGGACGUGUUCGGCCCCGACGACGACUUCCUCGACCCGGACGGCGGCGUGAGCGGCGUGAGCGGCCCCUGGCCCGGCCGCCCCCACUGGGGCCCCGUGCCGUACGGCAACUGCUGCCCGACGAGGCAGCGGCCGCACCGCUUCCGCGACGAGCGCGACGGCGGCCUGUACCCGGGGCACCAGGCGCUCAACGCGCAGCCCUUCCCGGCCGGCGCCGUGGUCCGCGCGCACGUGCAGUCCGUGGACCUGAUGCCGUUCGAGCCGGAGCACCGCGCCAUGGACCCCGGAGAGGCGCUGGAACGCUUCAUCCGCCAGGAGCAGUCCAUCCACGCGCACCGCCAGCGCAGCGUCGACCCCGCGGACGGCCCGCGCGGACGCCAGGGCGUCCCCGCUCAACCGCCGAGGAUCGCGGAGGCCGUCACCGAGGCCACGACGACGACAGCCGAGCCUGAGGGCAGCGGCGAGGACCGCGACGCCCAGACGGAGUCCGCGGAGAGCGAGGAAGCGUCGGCGGAGGCUGUCGCCUCGACCCCGGCCAGCAACACCACGACCACCACGUCUGCGCCGGCCGCCGCGUGAAAACACGGCCGCCGCGAUCACAGACUGACUCGCUAUGAGAAAUUCAGCCACGGUGGCCGCCGGACGCCGACGGCGCCAAAUGUCUGGUUGCGUAGAGCGCGAACAGUGCGUGGCGCUAAUGGAGCCCGCCGUUCUACAAAUUGACGAGUAGAGGGCGCUGGCUUCCACCGCCUGCCCGGCUGCUGGCUCUCUGGCUUGGACGCCGCGCCGCGACGCUCUGCUGAUUGCCGAGACGAUCUCAGUUCAAGGUUGCCGCUGGAAGUUCCUGUCAACCUGGACUACUCUAUUUUCGUUGCUGAGGCUUCUUCGCCUAUGCUAGGUCAGGCCAUUAACACUUAAAUAGAAUUUAAUAAUUUUUUUGUGAAAGACCUUAGUGCUAUAGUUACCUGCUAGAAAACAAAGAAUUUUUUGUGCUGUUUGUUAUGUUGGUAACAAUAUUGGAAACCUAAUCCGUCGUGUUGUGACAGUGAUCAUUCCAGUUCAGUUCUUUGCUCGCAAGUAAUUUAAGUUCCUAAUUCACGCGAAAAUAAGUUUAGAGUCGUUCAUAAGCCAUAUUACAGAUAAUUUUUAUUCACCGAAGAACCUGGUAAUAUCGGUGCCCUGUUGACCAACGGGCGGCGCUAACCCCUUCACAGUAAUGAUAAUAAUAAUAAUUUAUUCGACCAAACAGAGGGAGGCUGCUUGUUUCAUCAUUGUUGUCGACCCUCAUCAUUUGUAAAUACUCUGAGUUUUAAAGUGUACGUCUGUGAAAAAAUGUCAAAUAUAAUAUUUAUACAAACACAA